UUAAAACAGGACACGAAAACACUGCUUCUCUGUAUAGAUAACCCAAGGCUAUGAAGACGACGAAAAUUCAACAGAGUGCGGAAUCACUGGCUGAAGGAAAAAUAACGGGAUGGGCACCGACCCACGCACCCGGAUAUAUGCCCUUAGUGUUCUACUUGGAUGCCUCUUUUAUGACACGUGUGGCCUUUUUUAAAUUUUCACUAAGUUUGUGUGGCCAAGAAUAGAUCCAGGACAUAUAUAAGCUGAGAUAACGUUAGCUAUUGCUACAGAUUCAUAUCAAGACGGGAGAGGUUAACAGACGGAUAUACAUAUAUAAUAUAGCGUAGAAAAAAACACAUUUAGCUCUAGUUGUUUGAUUUUGGUCGAGGAUAGCGGGGACCACCAUGGGCAUUUCAUUGAAGGGGCUGGUUCUACUACUUGUUGCUGUUGAAUCUGCGUUCGCUUAUCAGUGCCAGCAAUGCGUGUACUUUGACGUGAGGCUCGUUGAUCCCCCGACAGUUCCUGCGUUUGAAAACCUUACUGCCCAGUUGUCAAAUUCGUUAUCUCAGUCGGUUGUCAACGACACUUCGUGUUUCCAUGGCAACAGCAGUGCCCGUAUGGAGUGCGGAGAUGUUGGGUGUAAAGUGCAAUAUGUGUCUGCCACGAGGGCACAGGUUAUUCCUUUUGGAUUUUUUAACUUCACAAUCAAGGCGGCAUCAACAUUCGUCCAUAGAUCCUGCCGUGACCCAGCUGCUAAUCCCCCUCCUCCACAAUCAGGAUGUGUCCCAGCCACUUUAGAUACCCCGAUCCAAGUAGACGCUUACACAACUUCAUCUUUACGAGACCUUGUAACUCAGGAUACGGGAAUGCAAGGAGGUUCACCGCCUGAUGUGGACGUUGAAGGAAACGUGUGUUACUGCUACGGAGAAGAUAAUUGUAACAGUGCGCCGGUUGGUACAACAAACGCAAUCGAAACCAGCACGAGCACUGUGGAUGGUGCAACCAGCACAAUGGAUAGCACAACAAACACAAUUUCUACCACAACGGGGCCAGUAUCAGCAAGUGCUGCUUUCAGUUCCUCUUUGCUGACUCUGCUUUCUUGUAUUGUGAUUUCUAGAUAGAAACAGUGCCUCAGUUUAAGAUUGCUGUCACAUAAUAAAUGGAAGGCCUUUAUAUCAUCAUCAUUUAUUCUUUCAAUUCACUCAAAAACAUUUGCACAAAUUUACCUGUGAUAUCAUAUAUCUACAUUUGAGCAAAUCAUCAAAAAUGAGACAAUGUGAAUAUUUUAGACACAUAAAGUUCUGUUUAAACGUUAUGCAUGUACCCUAUGAGUCAUAGGCAUGACUUUGAGUUAUAAAUAAAGAAGUGAAUGAGUCAGCUAUUAGGACAUUUCAUUGCAAACAGGAUAUGACCUUAGCAGUAUAGUUUAGAUCUCAAAUGACUCAUACUCUGUUUCCUUGUACGUGUUGGCUUAGUGGGAGUCCUUGUUACUUCUAAAAACACCUUGUCGUUGUCAUCUAGUUUAUGUCAUCUACUGUGAGGUUUUAACUUUCGCCGUAACGUGCCACUGAGGAUGAUAUUAGCAAAUUACAUGGGCUUGACGCUACGCACGGAAGAAUUUUGGAGUUGAAUCUCUUAGAAACAUAUGGAAAGGAUGGAUUCCAAAACCGAGACAAUUAUGAACGAUGCCAUUGACCCGGCUAAUGAACUUUGGAAAUGCUCCCAAACAAAUUGUUAGACAAAGCAAACGUUUUUUAAAGUUUUUAUCCAACCGCUAAAUCUCUUUUUAAUAGUAAAAUAUAAUAAUUUUACCAAUAUUUAUUUUUGUCGGAACUAUUAAAUUUAUUUGAUCUUUCUUGAACCAAAGAUGAUAAAACAAUUUCCGUUUUAUGUGUACUUUAUAAUUUACAUACA